AUGGCUCAAUCAGCGCUCUCCGCCAUGGCCUCGCUUUGCGCAGCGCCGUCUACGGCGACCCUGCCGCUCGCCGGCGCCUCUGCUCAUGUGCGCCGUAAUUCUACCAAGAGAACACCUUACUCCCUCCACGUCCAUGCUUCCACCAACCCCUCCUCCUCUUCCUCCCCUUCCUCCUCUUCCGCCUCCUCCUGCGCAUCUGCUGCAUCCCACCCGCUCGCACUGUCCCUCACGGCUGCAGCAGCAGCGGCGGCUCUUGUGCUGCUGCCCUCCACCGCUCUUGUUCUCCCACAGCCCGCUCUUGCGUUGAGUGAGAGGGAGCGGUAUGAGCAGCUGGACAGCAACUUUCUUAGCUCGCCCAUCCUGCAGAAGUUGCUCAAGCAGAGCGAGGAGAAUCGCGAGAAGAACCGACAAGAGAUAGAGAACAAGUACUGCCUGCGCGGUGCUGAGUGGGGAGUGGGCGACUGUGCGUUGGGUGAUGAUGCGACAGCGGAGGAGAAGCAAGACUAUCUGGAGGCAUUAAGAGAGAUUGUGACCAAGCAGGCUGCUGAGUAG